AUGGAGCACAAAGAGCCUCUGCGCGGCUCUUGCAUGUGUGGACGAAAUCAAUACCUCAUUAGAAUCCCUGACAAUGCCACUGAUCACGCCCGGGUCUACUUCGACACCGGCCGGGACAACCGGAAGUCGUAUGGUACACCAUUAACCGCAUGGCUCCGAGUUCCUCUGGACUGGUAUGAAUCCUAUACCCAAUCUUUCUUCCCCGACGAGACGCAUGGUAGCAUCCGCCGCAUCUUCACUCCGCACCAUGCGCCGCACACGCAAAGGGUGUUUUGCGGCUUCUGUGGGUCGCCCCUCACAUACUGGAGUGAGAAUCCGCGGGAAGAAGCUGAUUUCAUGUCUGUGACUAUUGGGAGUCUUUACGGUGACGACCAGCGAAUCCUGGAGGACUUGCAUCUUCUUCCGCGGUGGGAAGAGUCCGAGUCGCCAGAUAUAUCUCCGCCAGCGGCAGAACAGUCACCCACUACUUUGGUCGCGGAUGCUCCUACUUCUCAAUCGACCGUCGUUGUGCCACCUGGUGUCUUCACCGAGGGUCUCUCUCGGACUGUCAGGCAUGGAAACACGAACGGGAUCCCCUGGUUUGAGGAAAUGAUCGAAGGCAGUGGGCUCGGCAGGCUGAUGAAGGCAAGAUACGGCGCCGGUGUGAGUGGUGAUCGAUCGACCACUAUAGAAUGGGAAGUUAGUGAUUGGACAAUCACAUCGGAAUUGGGGAGCCCGUCUAGUCAAUCUGGCGGGAAAAGAAAACUUGAAGAGCUGCACAAUGACUGA